UUGCUCGUCGUCUGCUGAGUGAAUUGUUCCGAUGGCUGUCUGUGGUCGAUGGUGAUGUGUGGUUGUAUGUAAAGUGGGCGUGUAAAUGUUGUUGCUUAUGAACAGCUGUGUGUUGUGAAAUGCUUGAGUGGGAAGCAAUUUUAAUGUGAUUCUACUGUCGGUUCAUAUGUGUUGAAAUAAAAUGGCAACUUCAACAGGAGAUAAAACUGUUAACAAAGUAGCAUUAUGUUCCGCAAUUUUUGCUGGAUUUGCUUAUGUGGGAUAUUCUGUUGUACGCACAGCUUUUUGUCGGAAACUUGGACGACGUGAUGGUGAUGACUUCCCGCCAGAGCACCGGCUGUACUUUCGGCGGCUGUCACAGACGACACAGACAGACGUGCUGCUGGGCAACCUGGACGUGUCCGGGUCGGGUAAGGUGAUCCUGCGGCCGCUGACGGUGCAGGAGCGUAUCCGGGAGCUUAACCUGCGCGCACGGAUGUUCACUGACACAAUGCUCGCCAUCCAGACGGGUGGCGCCUCUGGAUCAUCACCGCGUCACAGCCCGCUGCCAGGCCCACGCAGCCUCCAGCAGUGCUCACCAUGGAGCUCUCCACGCAUUCUCAGUCCAGUGGAUGUACGACACAUUCUGGCCAGCCGAUCUACAGAGAAUCUCAGUGCUUUGCACAUCCAUGGAGAGGCAGAACUCCUGGGGUCCCCCAUGCGCAGACGAUGGGCACGGCGUUCUCUUCGUGGUCGCCAACAGACACAAUCACGAUCCAGCUCAGCUGCCUCAGAAAAGGACAAGGAGGAGGACACGAAGAGAGAGGCUGAGAAGCUGCUCAGGGAUGGAGAGGAAGAGCUUCGUUUGCGGCUUGACACGCUCAGUGUGAGACACAGGGUUAUUACAGCAAAUGAAGCUAAAAGUCUGGUUGCACUUCUUCACACUAAUGAUGACCUGCUACUGGAGAGAACUCUUAUGACAAUUGGAAAUUGUGGGACAUUCUCUGCAAAUCAGGAUACUCUGAGGGAAGCUGGUUGCCUCUUCAGACUUCAGAAUCUCCUUACUCAUCCCAGACUUCCAGUCAAGCUAGCAGCCAUUAAAGCUCUAGGGAAUCUUGCUUUGAACCAAGAAAAUCAGAAGGAACUGAAAGGUGUGAUUCCUAUUCUACUGAGUUAUGUACUCAGAGAAAGGCAGAGUGAAAAACUUGUUAUGAGUUCACUAGUGACGCUGACCAAUAUAGCAGCUCUUCCAGAUUGGCAUGAUGAGUAUUAUUCUUUGUUACACACUCUCUACAAUCUUGUGGAUUCAGCCCCCCCUCAGAUGAAGCUGCAGGCUCUUAAACUUCUAGUGAAUCUUUCCUGCAAUGAGGAUAUGGUGCCUAGUCUACUUGCAGCUCAGGCUCCUCGAAGGCUUAUAUAUUUACUCGACCCAUCUACAAAUGAAGAAAUACUGCUUCGAGUAACAACUCUCUUAGCAAAUUUGACAACUGUUGCAAAGGACCAGAAUUUGGAUCCAACAAUUGAUUUGCCAGCAGAAGAUAAAGCAGCUUCACCAGAUACAAUCAGGUAUGCAGCAAUUUAUGGCGUUAACAUACGGGAAAAGGUGUUAAGUAAAGUAUUUGUUCUCAUGAAUCAACAUAAAAAUGAAGACAUCCGCUUCCAGGCGAGGAAAAUUUAUGAUGUUAUAAGAUCCUGAAAGAGGGUUAGGUACAAUGUAUUUGAGGGCAUCAGGUAUCCAAUGAUCAUAGUCACAUCUCAUUAAAGGUGUAAAGUGUGUGCUGCUUGUAGACUGCACAGAAUUGAAGUAGACAUGUAAUAGAUAUGUUGAAGGUGUAAUGCAUUAUAAGCAGUAUACAGAGAUUGCCUAAUGAUGUCUCUUAAACACUAUUGUACCAAUAAUUGCUGGAAUUGAAUUGGUGUAAUAUCACAUUGAAUGUUGAUGUCUGACCAUUUUUCUCGUGAAACUUAGCAGGAUUUCUGGUAAUGUAACUGUGUAAAGAAAACAAUUUUACUGCUGUUGAGAGAACAGUGGUUCUUUCUUUCGUAUUUUCAUGUGUCAUUGCUAUUUAAUGAUUCAAACAGAGUAAAUUUUUCUGUGGCAAUGCCUUGUAUCAGAAGUGAAAUAGUAUAUAUAAACCUGGUAUGAGAAAAGAAUGAAUGUUUCAUAUACACAAAUUACUUGGUUGUGAAUAUUUAUUAGGUGUACUUAGUUUUAAUAUGCUGCCAAAGCACCAUUCAUUUAGUCAGCAGUGUUGUAGAUGGUGUAAGUGUUCCUAAUUUGCUUAAAUGCUGAUGCAUUUAUAAAGUAUGUGUGACUGUAGAUUCAGUGUUGUUCAGAGAGAAAAAAAAGAUCCGCUUAUAAUACCAAUAAUCAAAUUCACAAGUUUGUGUGUUACUCACUUAGAUCCUUUCUCCUUCUCUUUUAUCAUAUUUCACUUACCUUCAGAAUUCCAUUUUUAUAUUCUUCUUAUUUACCAGAGUUACUGCAUUACUGAUGAUGCUAUACAUAAAUUUAACAUACACAUUUUAUUUAUGAUAAACAUGUUUUUGUUAUUUCCUUAACAUAUCACAUAGUAACAGCUUCUCUACAUUCCACCAAUUGUGAAAAAUAAAACCACAAAUGUAAAUAAAUUAUGAAGGUGCUUUUCUCCUAAAUCCUUCCAUCCCCCAUUAUCCAUUUGAAGCAGUGCUGAAUGUAACUGAAAGAGAGAUUUCUGUGGAAAUUGUACAUUCCUGAAUACUGUUAAAUGUGUGCGUAGUACACCACUUGACACCUGCAUAUAUUAAUUGAGCUUUUUUAUUGCUCCAAUAAUAUAACUUGUUGGUUUUAAUUAUGUGCUUCAUCUUAUGAGAGGAAAACUAUAGUUUGUUAUUUUGUAGACAGAUGUUGGUGAAUAUUCAGUGCAAUCACACACAGCCAGACAACUGGUGAAUUGAAUUGCCCAGAGCUAUUUUUGUAAUUAUUGUUGUAAUUAUUGCAGGUAAAUUUAAAUUAACAUUACUCACUAUUUUGUAAUAUGCACAAUUUGAUCUGAUAUAUAUGUAAAUUUGCAUAGAUUCUGUCCCCUGAUAUCGCUUAUUUUCUAAAUAAAUAAAUAUAUAUAUACAUACAUACAUACACACACACUCAUAAAUAAAAUAAAAUUAUCGUGUAUUCUUAAUGUAAAUAUAAUCUUUGUGGUUGAAUUGAUAAGAGUCAGCCAUGUGAAACUAAUGUAAAGUAAAGUUUAUGACCUGGCAAGACAUGGAAAAUUCCAUAACACAUGUGGUUUUGCUUGACUGACACACAAUGUUCGCUUCUUGUACUAUGACUGAUGGUGCUUCUGUGUUGCGUAUUUAAAUUUUGACUGUAAUGCUAUUUAUCUGUCAAUUUUUGUAUGUAAAUAGUUCAUUUUAUUAUUGCUCUGUUAUAUGUUACAUUAUUUUGAGUGUAACAUAUCAGAAUUACUUAAAUUACGAUUUUUUGUUCUAAUUUUCUGCCCAUAUUACAAGGCAGAUGGUAUCAGGUCCCAAUAAUGGGCAAAUGAAAUGUACAAGUAUCUUGUACUUAUUGUGUUCUGCAUUAAUACACAUUAUUUUGGUUUACUUUACUUUGUAUGAUGUGAAUGAGUGCCUCCUUUCCUAAAAAAAAUGUGAAGAAUAAAGUAGUAUAACAAAAUAUUUAAAUAAUAAAAUAUUAAUAAAACGCAAUUGCCUGCCUCACCAGGUGUGCACUCAAUGUCUGUUUUAUAGUUUUAGUCAUUAACAACAUUAUUGUCAUAUUCUUGUGAAGAAGUGUUUUUUCAUGUUCUGUGGAAAAGACAUGAUAGUUUAUGAUAAAACUUAUGUGAUGCAUGAAGGUACUUUGCCGAACCUAGAAAUAACCAUUCGGUUUUCAAAUAGUCAUGUGUUUACAAUCUCCAUUAGGGGGAAAAAUGUAACAGCAAUGUAAUUAUUUAUAAAAGAUGUGGAAUUUAUUAUGAGAAAAUAUGUGACAAAUGCUUUCUUCUAUACAUAUAGCAUAAGAAUUCUAUAACAAAAGAGGUUAUAUUGCAAUAUCAAUAUAUUUCAUUUCACAGAACAGUUAUUUCAAUUUUUAGGUAUGUGGAUAUACAAUGGGACCUGUAACACAGGUCAUUCAAAUUUCAUUCAUAUCAAAUAUUCUGAGGUUGUUGUUUAAUGUAUAGUGAGGAAUAAUAAAGACAGUG